AUAAAAACAUGUUUUGAUUGUUUUGAACUUUUAAAUUUCGUAUUUGAAGUUUAAACACUUUAAACUUUAAACGUUUUGAUCCCGACUCGUGACUCGUAAGAGGCAACUAAAGAGUGUGAAUUCCUGGCAACAAUAAUAAUCCCGUUUACUUUCUUGAUAUAUUGUCCAUAACCGUACAAUCAUGUCUGUAGAUUCUGAUUCUGACCACAGUUUUGGUGACUGGGUGGAAAGUGGACCAGAUAUGGUAAAAUGUCUGUUCUGUGAGCUAUUAUAUGAUGAUGUUCUAGAAGCUAUAGUUCACUGUGCUAAGGACCAUAGGUUUGAUUUAUCAUUGGCAAAACGUAAGUAUACCAUGGAUUUUUAUUCUUAUAUCAAAUGCAUCAACUACACAAGAACUCAGAUACAAGAAGAUGAAAAUUUUAAUCCUAGUAUGCUAUUUGAAGUUGACACUCAACCAUGGAAUGAUGAUAAAUACUUAACUCCAGUUUUAAAAGAUGAUCCUUGGCUAAUGAUUGAUAUUGAUGAUGUAAUUGAAGAUGAUAAAGAAUCAGAAUCUGGAUAUACUGUCAAUUUUGAAAAUAAUCAAUUUACAUUGUCUUCUGAACAUUUUAGCCAUAUACAAAAUAAAAUUCAAACAGUUACAAAACAACUAGAAUUAAAAGAAAAAGAACUUGCUGAUGCAUACAGUCAAAUGCUUCAAAUGAAAGAUACUUUAACAAAAGUUUUGUCUGCUCGGCCAAAUGAUUCCAUUAACACAGCAUCUACUUUAAACUUAGAAGAUGAUCAUGGCUAUUUUGGUUCAUAUUCAUCUGUUGACAUUCACUAUGAAAUGCUUAAAGAUAAAGUACGAACAGAAAGUUAUUGCUCUGCGAUAUUACUAAAUGCGCCUUCAUUUAAUGGCAAAACUGUAUUAGAUUUAGGCACAGGAAGUGGAAUACUAUCCAUGUUUAUGGCCAAAGCACAAGCAGCUAAGAUUUUUGCUGUUGAUGAAGCUGAUAUACUAUACAAUGCUAUGGACAAUUUCCAAGAAAAUGGAUUUAAUGACGUGAUUGUGCCAAUUAAAGGAAGAAUUGAAGAUGUUAGUUUACCUGUUGAAAAAGUUGAUGCCAUCGUUUCAGAAUGGAUGGGAUAUUUUUUGUUAUUUGAAUCAAUGUUAGAUAGUUUGAUAUUUGCCCGUGACAAGUAUUUAAAUAAAACUGGAAUUAUGUUGCCAAAUGAAUGUAACCUAUUUAUCUGUGGUGUGAGUGAUAUGGAUCGAUAUGAUGAAGUAUUAGGAUUUUGGUCAGAUGUAUAUGGUUUUCGUAUGCCGUCCUUAAGAACAGAAACCUUAAAUAAAGCACAAGUUGAAAUCGUACCUGUUGACCGAAUUGUUACUGAAGAAUGUAAACUUUGCACUUUUGACAUGUACACAUGUGAUACUAAUUCUACUAAUUUUAAAGUAGAAUUUAAACUUAAUAUAAAAAAAACAUGCUCAAUGACUAGUAUAGUUGGAUACUUUGAUUCAAGAUUUGAUAAUGAUAAUACAGUAAUUUUAUCAACAGCGCCAAAUUGUCCGCCCACUCAUUGGAAACAAACAGUAUUUCUUCUACAUGAUCCAAUUGAUGUGAAUGAAGGUGAUCUACUUGUUGGAGAAUUCCAGUGUUCCAGAAAUAUAAAACAAGUAAGAUCUUUAAUUGUCACAAUCACUAUAAAUAAUAAAACUUAUACUUAUAAUGUUUCUUAA